CUAGUAGAGGCUUUAUUUAUUAUCCGAUUCGAGUGUGUACAUCACAGGAGGCAGCCGCCAGACGCGCCAUCCAUCGGCUUAAAACGAGUAGAGAGCUUCCGCGUACACGUCGAUCGCGUCGUCUUCGUCCACGCCGAAGUCGCCGCCGCGCCGCCGGCCCGGAGUAGGCGUCGUCGCCGCCGCCGUAUCGGGGGUGCCGCCCGCGACGGGUCGAUCGUCAUCGUCGUUGUCGAAGAGAAUGGCGGCGACGGAGGUAGCGACGGAGGUGAGGGGAGCGAGCGGCGCCGGUGCCGGGGGUUCGUCGAGGACGUGAUCCGUCGCGGCGGCGACGCGGGCGAUGUCGGCGGCGCGCGGCCUGGCGGCGGCAUCCCCGAGCGUCCCGAGGACGGCGAGGAGCCAACCGGUCUGGGCCGUCUGCUCAAGGACGGCGGAGACGUAGUCCGUCGCGACGCCGACGGCCCACGACGGCCCGAGGGGCCAAAAGCCCUCGUGCCAGGCGUUGUGCCCGCCCCGGUUCGUGCGCACGACGACGACGCGGGGGUUCCGCACGAGCUCCGGCCAGUCGUAGCAGUCGUCGUGCGACACGAGCGGGUCGUCGCGCGCGUGGACGACGAGGAGCGGAAUGCGCACGUCGCGGAGUCGCUCGCGGCUCGACGCGACGUAGUGCGGCCGCGUGCGCGGGAGUCGGGCCGGCACGGGCGCCAAUGGCGCACUGGGCCGCCGCCGCCGCGCCGCCGCGCCGGCGCCGUCGUCGAAGCCGGCAAACGAACCCGGCUCGGAACGAUUCGACGCGCGGGGGAUGGCCGCGACGUGACGAUCGUACAUCACGGCCGGGCCGUGCCGCGCGAACGCCAGGACGCGGCGCGCGUGCUCGCGGCGCGCGCGCUCGUCGGCGAGGCCCGGGUCGGCCCUCGCGUGGCGGAGAAUGCACCGUCGCAUGCCGCGCGCGAAGACCUUGCGGUACGUCGCGUUUUUCGUCUUGGCGACGAAGUCCGCGGUACGCAGAAAAUCCAUGCAGCCCGCGAGCGUGACGGCCGCGACGAGCGGCGUCGCCUCGCCGGCGGCCGCGAGGUACUGAACCAGCAGGAAGGCGGACGCGGAGUGCGCGACGCAGAAGAUCGGCGCCGCCGGGUUCGACGCGCGGAUCGCCUCGACUGCGCGCGCGAGGUCCCGCCACUCGUUCCAGUCGAGCCGCCAGUCGCUGAAGGCGACCGCGCGCCAGCCGCGGCUCUCGCAGCGCCGCGCCAGGUGCUUCAUGUAGUGGUCGUCGCGCGUGCCGCCGACGCCGUAGAGCAGCAGGACGACCGGCGACGUUGGGGACGGCGGCGGCGCGCGCGUCGCGAAGAGGCCGUCGCCGUGCAGGGCGAACUCGUCGCGGUGCGCGACGAGCCAGUCGAGCCAGACCUCGCCGCCGUCGAACGUCCGGACGGCCUGGCGGCGCCAGCGCACGGGCCGCAGCAGCAGGAAGCUCAGGUCCGCCAGGACGUGCGCGAUCACGGUCUGCGCGUGGCGGCUCGUCAGCCAGAACACGGGCCGAAACUCGCGCGUCGCGAGCCCGGCGCGCUCGACGAUCGCCACGUUCCAGAACGUCCGCGUGCAGCUCACGACCGGCCGCUCGCAGACGCGGACGCGCCAGUGCGCCACCCAGCCCAGCGCGCCGCCGACGACCUGCCCGCGACGCCGGCGAUCGCGACCGCGCGCGACGAAAUCGCCCCCCUCGCGCGCGCCCCUCGCGCGGACCGACUUGGACGCGGCCGCGCGCCCAGGCCCAGACGUUCCGCGACACGAGGAUGGCCAGCGCGCGCAGCACCUUGGCGACCGUCCGCCGGCCGGGGCGGCGGCCGAACACCGCGUCGAAGACGUACCGCCGGAGCCAUCGCCUGCCGACGACCGCGGCGGCGAACGCGACGACGAGGCCCUGGUUCCGCGCGCUCGUCUGCGUCAGCGAGUACGCGACGCUCCGCGCCAGGUCCUUGAGCCCGAACGCGUGGCGGCCCACGUUCACGCCGCGCCGCCGCCGCAGCAAGAAACGGACGCACGAACGCAGGGCGAGCACCGAGCUAAUGACCAGCGUGAGCGCAUCCACGAGCGCAUUUUUCUCGUCGGGCCAGGAGGACGGCAUCUGUUCGUGACUUGAGCCAGGACGGCUCGAUGCGGAGCACUGAUGAUGAGAGUUACAACUCGUGCAUGCUACAUGUACCUG